AUAUAUAUAUAUAUAUAUAUAUAUAUACCCAAGAAUGAAGGAAAUUGAAGCAAAGAGAGCGCGAAUGGAUAACGAAAAGACCACAGUUUGUGUUCUUGAUGCUUCAACCUAUGUGGGUUUUUGGAUUCUCAAAGGAUUGUUGAGCAGAGGGUAUAGAGUUCAUGCAGCUAUCCAAAAACAGGGGGAGACAGAGAUACAGAUGAAAAUCAGGAACAUGGAAAGAGUGGAGGAGAGAUUGGAGGUGUUUUCUGCAGAUGUUUUGGAUUACCAUAGCAUUCUUGUAGCUUUGAAGGGCUGCUCUGCUUUGUUCUGCUGUUUGGGUGGUUCAGAUGGAUACGAUGAUAAAAUUGUGGAUUUGGAGGUGAGAGGAGCAAUCAAUGUAGUGGAAGCAUGUGCUCAAACCGAGAAUGUUGAGAAGAUUGUCUUCACUUCUUCUUUAACUGCAGCAAUUUGGAGAGAGAACAUUUCUACAGAGACGCAUGUAGAUGAGAGGUCAUGGAGUGAUCAAGAUUUUUGCAGGAAAAUGAAGUUGUGGUAUGCCUUAGCAAAGACACAGUCAGAACAGGCAGCUUGGGCUCUAGCCAUGGAUCGCAUGCUCAACAUGGUUUCCAUAAAUGCUGGGCUAGUGGUUGGACCCAGUGUUACUCAACAGAAUCCCAUCUCAACGAUGUCGUAUCUUCAAGGAGCUGCUCAAAUGUAUGAAAAUGGAGUAAUGGCAUUGGUUGAUGUGAACUUUCUAGCCAACGUUCAUAUUCGAGCCUUUGAGGAUAGCUCCACCGGCGGCCGCUAUUUCUGCUUCAAUCACACUGUUCACACUGAGGAUGAAGCUCUUAAACUUGCUCAGAGCUUAAGCCCUUUAAUUUCCUUACCACCUAGGUAUGAAUGCCAAGGAAGUGAUCAGGUUUAUGCAGAGAGGUUGACGACCAAGAAGUUGAACAAGCUUAUAGAGGGCAACGCCUGUUAGCUGUUGUUAAUGGUGGAUGUAUAUAAAUAUAGUGGUUCAAUUAUUGGACUCAAACCGACCAAUUUCUAUUUGCUUUCUGGGUUCGGUGCAAGGGAAGUUAAUUGGUUCAAAUUUUAUAAAUAUAUAAUAGCACAUGACAUCCUGAAUUAUCACAAAAACAAGAGAGCCAUACACCGAAAAUCUUGUGUAAAUUUCUGAACAUGAUUGAAUUGAGGAAGUUCCUUCUUUACGUUACAAA